GUCACCGCUCUUUUCUUUUAAACGAAGAAGCGCCUUCAUGUGUUGUGAACGGUCUGAAUGAAUGGUUUAAAACGGCGAUACAUUUUUAUUUUACUUCCCAAACGUUGUGGUUAAGAGAAAACUAAAAGAAACGCAAGAUAUGAUGUUGUCAGGGAUACCGUCAGAAACGUGGCAGCCGCCAAAGGUUGCUCUGGAAACAACGAUGGGGACGGUAGUGGUGGAAUUGUACUGGCAACACGCUCCAAAGACCUGCACGAACUUCGCAGAACUGGCCCGUAGAGGGUACUACAACGACACCAGGUUCCACAGGAUAAUCAAAGACUUCAUGGUGCAGGGAGGAGACCCGACAGGAACAGGUCGAGGGGGUGCCUCUAUCUUUGGUAAAAACUUUGAAGAUGAACUCCACCCAGAACUGAAGUUUACAGGUGCUGGUAUUCUGGCCAUGGCCAACGCAGGACCAGACACCAACGGGAGUCAGUUCUUCCUCACUCUUGGUCCCACGCAGUGGCUGGAUGGAAAACACAGUAUUUUUGGACGAGUUUGUCAGGGAAUGGGAGUGGUGAACCGGAUUGGGAUGGUGGAGACAAACAGUCAAGACCGUCCAGUCGAUGAUAUCAAAAUAAUCAGAGCAGAUGUGCCAAGUUAAAUUUUUUACAUUGUUCCAAAAAAUAAAUGUUUUUUUGUAAUUUGUAAAAAAAA